AUGUUUGCCAACGCCGCUGAUGCAGGGCAGUUUUCCGAAACGAAUGCUCCUAAACAGGCAGUGAAACCAUCACUGGAUGAAUGUGUUCCUCCAGCGCGUGACAUACCAUCGACGGCACCUUUGACUCCUGAGCCGCAGGAGAACUUAGACGAUUCGGCUACUCUGGACGAAGCCUCUGCGAAUCAUCCUGUGGACGCACAAGAUGAUCCAAAUGAAGACCAUGUUUUUGAGGAUCUAGGAGAAUGGUUUCGAAAAAACCAAGAACAGUUCAGUGUUCCCUUCAUUCCAUCUGGCCCCUUAACCCUGGGGGAUGCCUUCAUGAUGGUCAUGGACUAUGCGUUGACAAUAGGCCUGUCAUACUCGGAUACAGAGCAGUUGCUUAAGCUAGUCAACAAACUUGUGCAAGCUAAGGCUUUUCCCGAAAGCAAGUAUUUGUUUCAGAAGUUUUGUGGAAUAAGUAUGUCAGAAAUUACAUUUCACUUCUACUGCCCUCACUGCAUGACGAUCGUUGCGAAAUGUUCUGGAGAACUUUCCAAAAGGAAGAAUGUAAACGUCAAGUGCUCCAUCUGCGAGCAGCAUUACAGAGGACCACAACUCGUCAGAGAUGGCCGUUUUUUCGUAAGCAUGCCAGUAGAGAAGCAGCUAGCAUCACUUCUUGCCAGCAAGAAAGUCGGUUCAGCUUUACAUACAAACCUGAACAAAAUCGCAUCAGAACCUUCGAACGUGUCCAUGAAUGACAUAACUGAUGGUGCACUGUAUCGCAAGAAAAGACAAGAUUUGGGUAUGGCAGACAUGGACUUCACAGUGACGGUCAACUCGGAUGGCAGCCCCAUGUUUAAAUCCUCCAAAUAUUCCAUUUGGCCCGUUCAACUUAGUAUCAACGAGCUGCCACCACUGCUCCGUUUUAACAAUGUGCUGAUGCCAGUACUUUGGUAUGGGGCAACCAAACCCAACAUGACCAUGCUGCUCCAAGCUUUUGCCGAUGGACUGCAAACUCUGAACAAUGGCGGAAUUAACUGGAAGACUGAGGAUGAAGUAGUUAAUUCAAAGGUGUUCUGCAUUUGCUGUUGUGCUGACGCUCCUGCGAGGGCUGCUAUGCAGGAGUCGACCCAGUACAACGUAUACUUUGGAUGCAACUGGUGUUACCACCCUGGAGUCUGCGUUGGAGGCAAGUGUCUGGAUCAUUUUUGA